ACUUUUUAUUAUACAAACACCGGCACAGAGUACACAUAAACCAACGUUAUGUUGUGUAAUAACGGUCAUCGAUUAACAGAUUGAGGUUUCAUACUAUUGAAAGCCAUGUUGUUCCACAGAAGGCUUCUCGGUUUCAGUAAAUUUCUCAGAAAAGACAUAUGCAGCAAACGAGGACACAAUGUUAUUCCCAGUAUGCUAUCAAUUGAAAGGUGCAUCAAACGGUCACACAGGGGCAUUUCUACUGGCAAAAGGUUAACAGACACAGAACUAGUUAUAUUUGACAAAGAUGGAACAAUUAUCUGUUUUCAUACAAUGUGGGCACCAUGGUCGAGGGAACUCGCUGUAAAAGUACAAAAAGCAACUGGAUUGGACAUAGAUGAUAAAAUUUUUAAGACCAUUGGUUUCUGUCCAGUUUCAGACAAAAUGCUUCCGGGGUUGUUCGCCGAAGGAACAGCAUUGCAUUCCAAAAUUGAACUCGUCAAACUUUUGAAUAGCCAUGGAGUACCAGAACAAGAAUCAAGAAAAAUAAUCGAUGAUAUUUGGACAGAAGGUGAACACAAGAAAUAUUUGAAGCCUGUUGGAAACCCAAAAUUGGUAUUUGAAACUUUAAUCGACAAUGGGAUCAAGGUAGCAGUAUGCACUUCUGACAACAGAGAAGGAACCGAAGCGGUUCUUACAGAACUUGACCUCGAUAGAUAUAUAAGCCGGUUGAUGUGUGGUAAUGACCACGACAGUGUGCCUAAACCUGCUCCUGACAAUGCGCUAAGAAUAUGCAAGGAACUUAACGUUGAUCCACUUAAGACUGUGAUGGUUGGCGAUACGAAAGCUGAUGUGCAAAUGUCACAAUCCGCUAAACUUGGUUUGAUGAUAGGUGUUUUGAGUGGUGUCGGUAAAAAGGAGGAUCUACAUGGUUCUGACCAUCUGAUUGAUGAUAUAGAUGGUAUAUUUCCUUUAAUUAUGGACAUUCCAGAGAACAAGAAUCGAUACGCACAUCAAGUAAAAGAAAAUAAUUUCUGUGACUCAAAUGUAAUAAGGAAACAAAAAUUUUCUACAUAUGCUCCAAAAUACCCAAUAGGUUAUCUGAAUUCUUUUUCUGGAUUCGCAAGUAAAAAGUACAGUACAUAUUCUGAUAGCAAUACUUAUGAUUACGUGAUUGUUGGUGCUGGCUCUGCGGGGUGUGUUCUAGCAAACCGACUUUCAGAAAACAAAGACAAUAAAGUACUGCUUUUAGAAGCUGGUCCCAAAGAUAACUCUUGGAAAAUACAUAUGCCCGCUGCAUUAAUGUACAAUCUUUAUGACGACACAUAUAACUGGUACUACAGUACAGAACCAGAGCCCGGUACGAAUAACCGUGUAAUGUACUGGCCUAGAGGAAGGGUAUGGGGCGGAUCGUCAUCCCUUAAUGCCAUGGUGUAUAUAAGAGGAAAUGCAUUAGAUUAUGAUAAUUGGGAAACGUUAGGAGCAGAGUCAUGGUCGUAUUCUGAUUGUUUGCCGUAUUUCCGGAAGGCACAAUGCCAUCAACUUGGUGGGAAUGAUUACAGAGGUGGAAAGGGGCCUCUGCAUGUAAGUCGUGGUAUAUCUAAAAAUCCACUGUUUCAAGCGUUCAUUGACGCAGGCACACAGGCUGGGUAUCCUUUAACUGAAGAUAUGAAUGGGUACCAGCAAGAAGGGGUUGGGUGGAUGGACAUGACAAUUCACUAUGGUAGACGUUGGAGUUCUGCUUCUGCUUAUCUAAGACCGGCACUUAGGCGGGAAAACCUAACGACAGAGGUCGAGGCUUUCACUAAGAGAAUUUUAUUUGAAAAACAAAGAGCAAUAGGAAUUGAAUAUGAACAGAAUGGGGAAUCGAGAAAGGUUUACGUAAACAAAGAAGUCAUAUUAAGUGCAGGAGCUAUCAAUUCACCUCAGCUGUUAAUGCUUUCUGGAGUUGGAAACGAAAACGAAUUGAGAAAACUUGAAAUACCAGUGAUCCAACAUUUGCCAGGAGUAGGACAAAAUCUCCAAGAUCACUUAGAUGUACGUGUACAAUAUGAAUUGAGACAGCCAAUAUCACUUUAUAAAUAUCAGUGGAAAUAUCCCCACAACAUGAUUACGGCUGGAUUACAAUGGUUUCUGACCUACUCCGGGGAUGCAGCUACUGCUCAUUUUGAAUCUGGUGGUUUCAUUCGCAGUAAACCAGGCGUAACACAUCCAGAUAUCCAAUUCCAUUUUGUUCCUACAGGUGUGGAUGAUCAUGGUAGGAAGAUGUUGGACAGACACGCCUGUCAGAUUCAUGUUGGAACCAUGAGACCAACCAGUCGAGGAUAUGUUUCACUAAAAACAAAAAACUAUAAGGAUCAUCCUAAAAUUGUUGCAAAUUAUUUAUCAACUCAGGAAGAUAUUGAAGACAUGAGGGCAUCUGUAAGACUAUCUCGGGAGAUAUUCCAACAGAAGGCGUUUGAACCAUUUGUCGGAGAUGAAAUUAAUCCUGGCAAAAAUGUUCAAAGUGAUGCUGAGAUUGACGAAUACGUUAGAAGAACGGCUGAUACCAACUAUCAUCCUUCCUGUACUUGUAAAAUGGGACAGUCCUCAGACGAAAUGGCAGUGGUUGAUACACAAACUAAGGUUUUUGGUUUAGAUGGAUUACGAGUAGUAGAUGCAUCCAUCAUGCCUGCAAUGAUAAGCGGAAAUUUAAAUGGACCCACAAUAAUGAUUGCCGAGAAAGCAUCGGAUAUUAUCAUGGGACAUAAACCACUUCUAAAAUCUGAAGUCCCAGUUUAUAGACCUAAAACUGUCGAAACACAGAGAUAAGCAUUGUCACUUAUAAUAUUUGAUUCACAUUCAAUAUAAGUUGCUGUGUAUGCAAUUUUGCAUGUUUGAAUUAA